AUGGUAGGAAACAUUGAUGAUGAUCGAUUCGUAUUAUGGACAAAGAUCGACAUUAGUAGUUGCCGUGCAAUGUGAAGCUCUAUUUUACUGCAAUAAUGUCAUUGAAUGAUGAUGUGGCGUAUGCUAUGACUCCUUUCAAACUCUUAACUUUACCAUUAGGCGUUUGGCCAUUGCAAAAAUAUAAUGCAUUUUCAUUAGUCCGUUUUAUCGUAUGUAUCUUCAGUUUGACCGUGCUGAUGAUUAUGUUGUUCCUCGAAAUCAAUUUCGGUAGCAGCGAUGCAUAUGUAAAACUUGAUGCCCUUAUGGUUAUGUUCUGCGCCGUUCUCUCUAUACUAAAGCUGUUGUCCUUCCGCUUAUACGCCGACAAUCUGAUUUGUAAUUUCUCUUCUGCUGUGACCGAUUAUCAUGCAAUCGACAACGAGGAAAAGCGCACAAUCAUGCGGCAGCAUGCAUUUAUGGGAAGGAUGAUUUUCUAUAGUAUCUUAUUUUUUGCUUAUGUGGCCUCAUCAAUUUUCGUGCUGACGCCUAUGAUAGCGGGCAAUAAGGACGUCCAAGUUAAUUUAUCCAUCAAGAGUCAAGCAGCACAAUUACCCUUACCUAUGACAUGGACUUUAAAGGAAUCUAAUAUCUCUACGAAUUUAUUUUUGUUAAUCUCUGCAGUGCAAUAUUUUUUAAUGGUGCUUAAUAGCACUAGCGAUUGUGGCGGUGAUGCAGUUUUCCUGGCUAUUGUUCUCCACGUUUGCGGGCAAAUAGAACUUCUAAAAAUUGACUUCAUCAACUAUGGCGUAAAUAAUCAAAGAGGAGAUAUUUCAAAAUUGACGUCUAGACAUAGUUAUCUAAUAAAGCAUGCAAAACUUCUAGUAGAAGUAAUAAGUUCCGUUUUGCUCGUGCAAGUGCUAUUCAGUUGUCUUAUUAUUAGUUUGAUUGGUUUCCAACUUAUCUUGGCAUUAAAAUCGCAUGAUGUAAUAAUGAUAACUAAAACGAUAACAGUAUUAAGCGCUUUGCUGUUACAAUUAUUUUUUUUUUGUUUCGUGGGUGAUUAUCUGAAAUGUCAAAUGGAAGAUAUCGCAGAUUCAAUUUACAAUAGUAAUUGGUAUUUCUUGUCAACAAAAUUGAUGAGGAAUGUCUUGUUCGUCAUUAUGAGAUCGCAGAAACCAGUUCAACUCUUAGCUGGCAACUUUUUCCUUGUAAACAUUAAAACUUUUAUGAACAUAUUAAAAAGCUCGCUGUCGUAUUUGUCCGUCUUACGAGUGAUGGUAGACGCGUAAAAUGUAGAUUGUCAUUAUAAAAAAAAUCUCGAAAAGUAACACCUUACAAUUUCCAUCAUUUUUAAUCACUUUUGUAUUUACAAAAUUAUUUUUAAUGUAAGACACAUUAUAUCGUGUUGGAUAUGGCUUAGAUUAAAUAAUCAAAUUAAAAUAAA